UGGAAGGUGAGCAAAAUAUCCCAAAAUUUGAACAUUUUCUUUGAUAGCAAUCUCGGCGUUUCAGUCAAAAUGAGAAAUUUCAUCAGUAAAAAAUGUCUAGUUGCCAUUUGCCUCGUCCGUCGUCAGCUCCGAACUAGAGUCCUAUGGAAAAUAGCCACGCCAGUUUGCCUAUUCGCAUUCAUCUUCAUUUUGUCGUACUAUAUCACACCGAUUCACAAUGUGAAAAGUGCCACACCAAUCAACGUCAAUAUUCGACAUCGCAAUGAAAUUUCUAAUCAGCUGCUGCAAGACGCUUCACCAGCAAGUAAACAAUUCAAACGAAUCUUGUUUUGGACGAGUUUCUUCGACUGGAAAGAUUUCAAGUUCGGAAUGGGUCGGGAGCCUUUCGUACGUGCAGGUUGCCGGAUCACCAACUGCGUGACAACGAACGAUAGAAAUUCAUUAAACGAAAGUGAUGCAAUCAUCUUCCACCCCAUCAAUUACGACCCAGUUAACGACACGCCAAGGCACAGGAUGCCACAUCAACGUUAUGUCUUCCUGUUUUACGAAGCCGAAUCAUCCGGCAGGUUGUAUCCGGUUUUCCAGUCGCCAACACCGAAAGGAUUCUUCAACUGGACGAUGACGUAUCGUCGAGAUUCUGACAUCUACUCACCUGAACCUUACGGUGUUUUAAGGCGAAAGAAUUCAACAAGCAUUGAUACUCUACCAGUUCCUUUGCCUCCUGGAUUGCUGCCACCAAACCCAGGAAGAUUCCUGCAAACGAUGAUGACUAACAUUACGCAAAAUAGCAGCAAGAGCAAUAAGACGAAGAAAAUCGCUUGGUUCGUCUCGAAAUGCAAGACUGCGAGUCGUCGUGAGACUUUCUUUCGCCGGCUGUUUGAUUUCUUCCCCUCCAUCGACGUGUACGGGGAAUGCGGAAGCAAAGGCCUCAAUUGCGUGCCUUGGAACAGCUUGGAAUGCGACAGCAUUCUUGCCGACUACAAAUUCUACAUCGCAGCAGAAAACUCCCUCUGUCCUGAUUACGUCACCGAGAAAUUCUAUCGGGCCCUCCAGGUGGGCGCUGUUCCCAUCGUUUACGGUGGGGCGGAUUAUUCCGCCUACGCUCCAUCCAAUUCAUUUAUCCACGCCGCGGAUUUCCAAUCACCAAAAGCCCUGGCAGACUAUCUAAUUUUACUGGACGAAAAUCCUAACCUCUACGCGCGGUAUUUCGAAUGGAAGAAAGAUUGGCUGGUGGAUCGAAGGCCUUUUGAUGGAUGGUGUGCCCUUUGCGCAAAACUAAACGAGCCAAUCGACAGCCAAUCUUCAGAAAGCUACGAUGAUAUUGGUAAAUGGUGGUUCGAUGAUGUCCCUUGUGUUCCCGCAUCCUCGCUAAAAAAUCAAUCAUUUUCAUAG